AGACAGGGAGGAGAGAGGCGGGGAGGCGAGGGCGAUGUGCGGCCUGAGGGCGCCCUCUCGUGGACUCGCGCGGAAAAGCAGCCGCCCAGGCCGUUCGCCGCGUCCGCAGACACCGAACAAACAGCACUGGCGAAGUUGUCAUAAGUAAUAUUUGACAUGAUUCAUGUUUUUUUUUGUAAGAGCUUGGCAAACGAGACGAUGAUGCGAGGGCAUUCCAUAAUGGAGCUAAGCGAGGGAAGAAGCGGAAAGAUCCUUGAGGUGAUCAGCUGCAUUGUGCUCUGAGAGGGUCACAGCGCGUGGGUGCCGAGGGUGGUGCGAGUCGGUGAGGGAGGGAGGAGCUGCGAGCGUCACUGCAGGACAAUGGCGACGCGGAACAGAGCGGGUCCGCCGCCGGCUUCCGAGAGGUUACCCGACCUGCGAUCGCCCCCCGUCGGCGGGGCCCUGCGCGAGCUGCUCGCCGUCACGUCCCACUUUCACUCGCUGCUAGGGCCCGUCAAGGCCCUCAAGUUUGUUCGCGAGGGCCAUGGCCCCGAGUGUGCCCUGGUCGGUUCGGGCUUCGAGUUGCUGCGGACCCUGGGCCCCGCACGCUCCCCGGCGGGCCAGCUGCUGGAGGGCGCGGUGCGGGGCCAGCAGGUCGGGCACGGCUGCGGUGGCACGAGCGUAGCGGUGCUGGCCGGGGAGUGGGGCAGGGCGCUGGCUCGCUGCGUGAAGGAGAGCGCCGUGCCUCUCCCUGAAGUCACCCGCACGGCUGUCGAAGCGAUAGACGAAUGUGCCCGAGCAGUGAUGAUGCUGACUUUUCCAAUAGCGCCGCCACGUUUCAUCGACAGUGACGACGAUGAUGACGAUAAUGACGAUAAUGACGAUGAAGAAGCCGGGUCUAGCCUGGCGACAGAGGAUUUAUGGCGAUUGUCGUGCGAUGGAAGUACUGCGGCGCCCAACCCAGGCAGCUCCGCUCGAUGGGACCAGGCCGCUCUGUGCGUGAGCAACUCCAGGGUGGCAGCUCAACCUCGGCGACUGCUCAGCCGGCAUUUCCACUCGACCUCGGCCAAACCGCGCGGCGCCUACGGCUCGAUUCGUUCGUCCUGCGGUGAAGAUCACGGUCGUUGUCCAAACGCGGGUGAGUCAGUUCCCAGCGAGGACGUUACCAAGACUCACGUUCUGCCUCGCCGGCCGUCGACGCGCAGCAGCAAGGACUCCACGAGAAGUGAGGUGCCGAUCACGGUGUGCGGAGUGGGCCGACUCGCGUGGGGGCUAAGCCAUGGCCAGGAGCGGGAGAUGGGGCUGGCUUGGGACACGUACCUCGUUCAGAUACGCGCGCGCCACGGCUUGGCGUUGCGGCUGGAGUUCGACCUCCGGUGCAUCGUCACGGUGCUCACGCCAGGGUGGAGUGAGGACGCGUCCCGAGUCGUGGACGGCUACUUGACGAGCGUGCCCGCCACUGACGCUGCCGUCGCCAGGAGUCUGAGCGGAAGGCCACUCGGUGCUCUGCUGUUUGGAGGGGACCUCACCGCCGGCCAUCGCCACCCAGGCUUUCAGGGACUCGAGCGUGGACAGGUAGUAUUCUGGUGCGGAAUGGAUCGCGAGCAAAGUGGGUUUAGCACGCCGGGCAGUCAUCCCGGCGCCAGCAAACCGUACGAGCCACGACAGCCGGGAUCAACGAAUUACGGCUCACAGCCUGCGCCCGACGCGACGUCGCCCUGGCAAGCAGAAGAGCAGGACGCGUGGCUGGAGGAGACGGCGCUGGCCCUGAGUGGCACACGAGCACGGUUGGUGCUGGCUCGUGGGGAGAUCUGCCCGCAGCUCGCCGAGCGCGGCACCAACCUCGGCAUCAUCUUCCUGCCUCGAGUGCCAGCGGCCGUGCUGCGCGCCGUGUCCCAGGCGAGCAGCGCCAAGAUACUCACCUACCCGUGCCAGGCCGGCGCUUCCCACGCAGCCACCCUUUCUCUUGAGUUAAUCGACGAGGAGCUGGAGGCGGCCGUCCCGACCGCUCGCCGAGCUGGUGCCAGUCGCAGCAGCGAUGGCGGCACGAGAGUGAUCGUGAAGACUGCGGCGGUGCAGUCGGUGGUGUUGUGCGGCCGCGUGCCCUGCCGUCUGCCUGUGAUGGAAUCGCGGUUCUGGGCGUGCGCGCGUCGGCUGAGUGGCGCCAUAAACGACGGUCAGGUUCUACCGGGCGCCGGCGUUUCUGAGCUGCACUGCGUGCGCCUCCUACAGGACAUGGCCUCCCGAGCGCAAUCAUCGGCCCUGGGCUCAGGGGCCGAUGCCGCUGCGAGCCAGGUUCACAGAUUAAACUCGCGUCCAGAGGGUGAUGCCCAACCAGAGUGUGGUGGCGGCGGGGGUGCUUGGUGGUGUGGCGAGUCCCACCGACAUCACCCGGCUGUGCUACAGGCGCUGGCUGAUGGGUGGCGGCGCUAUCUCGUAAUCGCCAUGUACAACACGGGGUGCUACCGCUCUCAAUGGGAGGCGGCCGCUGUUGUCAGCACGGUAGAGGCGAGGGGGGAGGUGGGACCCGUGAUUCCUGGUGUUGGGGGCCCGAAGGAGGUGGAGGGGGGCGGAGGGGAGGGCGUGACGGGGCCCGUGUACGAUGGGGCGGCCGCCAAGGUUGGGACCUGGCAGGCAGCACUGGACGUGGUGCUGCUUGUGUUGCAGGCUGAUGCGGAGGUUGUGUCUGGUGUAGGCCAUAGCCGAUGGGGUCACAGUGAUGAUGAUAAUGAUUGUGAGAUCUCAACCAAAGAGGUCAUGACACCUCAGCUAAGGAGAUAAUGACAUCUGAUCUGGUGUGGUCAUGACAUCUCAGCUGAUGGACAUUGAGCUUGUUAUUGGACUGGUAUACUGGAUGUGGUGUGUUUGGGGCUUAAUAUCUCACUGAAUAUUUUCCGGGUUGCUGGUGGACCAGGGUAUUUGGCAUAUGACUAGUUGCAGCUACCGACAGCCAUAGCGAGAGGUAUAAUACUGGAUGUGAUGUGCCGGGUGGAGUUGAAAUGAAGCCUUAACGGGCCAUCCGUUACGAUUAGACUUCAGGCACUACUCCAAGAAUGUAAACGACAGCAGUUAUUCUUUUGUACAGCUGAUGUAGAUGCAGAGCAACAACUACGAUAUCACAUUCGGGUGAUCAAGCCAGACAACGGCGUCAGGAGCAGCGCAGUGUAUCGCUGUAAUGUCUCCUUCGGGUUUGUGGAUCGGGCAUUGCAUCAUUAUAUGUUGUACGGUCUGUUCUGGAUGACGAAAGUCGCCCACUGGAGAGAUGGCCUCCCGCUUGUUCGCAGUGCCGUGUGUUCUCUGGUGGACGUUGGUAUUUGAUUUGUAAUGGAAUUUGUUUGCUUGCCACAAAGGACAAAGAUCCCCCAGUAUAGCCUGAAAGGAUUGUUUGUGGCAAGUCCUGCAGCACAUAAGAACGCCGGCACGGCACAUGAGGGGGUGGAUGGCCAUCACCACGCCUGGCCGCCUUUGUUUCCCUCGUGGUGAUGUUUACACCCCGCAUCGAUGUACUAAUUUGAAGAUGAGUCGACUUAGGGGAGGCCCAGGACUGGUUCAGAUAGUUUUUACUGUUUACUGGUCGCGAGUAGGAAUUUAACUCAGGCACCGGGUUCGUAGCGCAGUGCAUCAACCAAUACGCCAUCACUCCCCACUACUUGUCACACGCUCUCACGCGUGCGCCGUGUUAUUUCCUGGAGCCCCUUGAACUGAAUUUUGUUUGCAAAUAAAGUGUCUGUGUUCUGUCA